GCAGACAGUGAACUUUUGGUCUCUGGAAAGCUUUGGUGACAGACGAGUACAUACCUGUUCUAGCCAGAGGCUGUGGCUUUAGAGCCGAGAAGGAACCGGGUCCUACCCUGGGCUGAGGGUUCCCCUGCACAAAACCAGCCCAGAGAACAAACCAGCUGUGGGGUAACGCGGUGAGCAGCGCACAGAGCAAACGCCCAGCACAGGGUUUAAUUACUACGUACAAAGGUGCUUGGGUCGGGGCUGCUUUGGGCUGCUCCGGGUGUCAGCGAGCAGCUAUGCGGCAGAACAGGAUGUCGGAUUAAGGAGACUCCAGCGAAACCCGUGCUGAGGACAUCAGAGGGCAGCAGCCGGAGCUGGGAAGAAAGCAAAGAAGUGCUGGGAUAGGCACGGUCAGGACAAGGAUUUGGGCAGCGCGGAGCGACGGACCUGCUGCUCCAAGAUAGCCACCAGCAUGGGAUGGAGCUUACAGCUUCGGCAGCACCACAGCCUGCCUGCUUGCAUUGUCCUGGGGUACAGAACCUUGCAGGUUAAUGCCUCUCUUCUUCAGCCAGGACAUUGCCCCCCGGGCAGCCUGGGAUAUGCCUAGGAAGGAGCUGGGAAUGGCUGGCUGCAACUCCGGCAGCUGUGACAGCAUGGUCAGCACGGCCUCCAACCACUCACAGCAUAGUGAUAACAGUUAUGACUACUUAUCUGUAGAAGAGAAAGAAUGUCUGAUGUUCUUAGAAGAAACUAUUGGCUCCCUGGAUGCAGAAGCAGACAGUGGGGUCUCUACCAACGACACCAACUCCAUGGAGCCCUCCAAGCUGCCCAGGACCCAGCCUAAGAGAGAUUCCAUCACCCGGGAUCUGGAAAAUGGGGCUCCCCCCUUGCAGCAUGCAGCUGAACAGAAGAGUGCUGAAAACCCCUCUGCCUUCCCAAGGUCAGCUCCAGCAGUGGUUCCAAACUCAGUCUAUUCCAGUCUUCCAAGGAUCACCACUGUAGCAAAUGGAGCCUCUGACAGCAAAGUGACUGUCCAUACAGUGGAGGACCCAGUGCCAGGAGAUAAAUCCUCGCAGGAGAUGGCCAAGGACGAGAGGUUUGACCAACCCAGUAUAAGAAGCCAGAUGAAAUCCCUGGAAUCUCUGCUUCUCCAACCUCCAGAUCCCUUCCAGGAUGAGCUGGUGAGCCAUGAGUGGUCACGCAGCAAUUGCUCAGAUGACAAGAGGGACACAGCCAAGGAGACCAAGACUUGGAUGUCAUGGGGCCAGCCAGAGAAAUCCACAUUGGAAGAGGCCCCUCAGGACCCUGAUACCAAGCGGGGGCCUCCCACUGCCCCCAAACCACGAAAACUGCCACCAAAUAUUAUCCUGAAAACCAGCAAAACCAGCCCAGUGACACCGGCCACAGAGCCCGGCCAGAAGGUGAAGGCAUCACCUCCAUCCUUGGCCAGCGACACCACUGCCGACAAGGUGAAUUCAGGGCACCUCGACCCCAGGGAGAGGGAGAAAGCCCGACGGGAGGCACUGGAGAAGCUGGGACUGUCACAGGACAGGAGGGAGCCCAGCGCCCACCUUCAACCUCCAGCACAUCCCCAACCGAAGGAGGUGCCAUUCCCCAUCCCUGCCGAGCCCGAAGCAGGCGAUGGGGCAGUGGAGAGGUCGGUGCCGGGUGUCCGGCAGAUGCCCUUCAAAUCCAACACCCUGGAGCGCUCCGGGGUAGGGCUGAGCAGCUACAUGGCCAGCACCAAGGAGCAGAGCGUCAAGACCAGCAGCUCCUUGGGCAAGAUGUCCUUCAUCGAGCGGCUGGCCCCCAGCUUCCUCCGGAGCAGCCGCCCCAGGCCAGUGUCCCUCGGCACUGGGAAGGACUUUGCUGGUCUGAAAGAGCCGGGGCAGGUGGAGCAGGAGAAGAGCAGCAAGCGGCGAUCGCAUCCCCUGCAGAGCUUCCCCAGGCCACCCCGAUCCUCCGUCAGUGUCAAGAUUUCCCCUAAGGGUGCGACGGAUGAGACCCGGCGAGAGGCACUGAAGAAGCUUGGUCUGCUGAAGGAAUAGCUCCAUGGGCAGUGGGGCUGCUGGCUGAGCGGCUUGCCCCCCAUAUCCAACUGCUUUCAACCAUAACCAUGACCCCUCACCUCAGCAUCUUGGGGGAGGUACCAUGGGAGGUAUUUGGAGCGUCACCGACUGGAGUACCACCACGUGUACAUAACGUUUUGUAUAUAGCAAAUGUAUAGGAGCUAUUUAUAUAAAGCCUCGCUCAGCAUGUGGAUGGGGCAUAUCCUCCUACAAAGUCUUUAAUGCAUUUGGAGAUUCAUUGAAACAGGGAAGCCAUGGAAUUGGGGUUUGACUUACUUUUAAAAGGCAUUGCCUGUGGAUAAAGCCUCUCUGGGAAGAAGUGCAGGACUCUGCUGCUCCUUUAGGGUUUUAUGGUCUUUUAUUAACUUUAUCAAAGCCUUUGAGGCCUGAGCACUCACCUGCCCCAUACAAGUGCCUCCCAAAAGCCACCACUGCCAUAUACAAAACCAUGAGACCCACGGGCAAUGGAGGGGACACAGUGAUGCUCCCCACGUACAAGUGCUCCUCCGGGCCUGGCUGGCUUCACAUCCACUGCAAGGCUACACUCACAUCCAUCCCUGACAACCUGGAUAUAGCACUUAGACACAAACACCCAUCUUCAUUAUGAAGUGACAAUUAAGAAGCAAAAGGUUGUGUUGGUGGCAGACCCAGGAGUGCUGCCCCAAAGCAGAGAUGCGAGGCUGAACCACCACCAUUUCAGCCCCUUUCAAACUCUCUCACAUCUUUCAGAGGCAGCUGAUGCUGUCAGUGUUUAUCCUGCACACCUUUUAUGACAAAGGUGGUUUAUUUCUGUAAUAAACUCUGUAUUACAAAGCCAUUUUUGGAUCAUACACGAGUGAUGUUGCAGUCAGAGCUCUGGUAAAGCUAAGCAAUGAGUUUAAACCUUCAGUAUGUCUCGACUUGAGGAGUGGGGGUGACCCAGGGAGCUGGGCAUUUCAAAUGAUGAGUCUGAACCAGAUACUUGGGCCUCUUGCAACCCAGGACCCACACGAGAUGGGAUUUUGUGCAAGUGCUUCCAGUGCAAUAAGUAAAUACAAAGUCUUCUACAGCACUAAAUCAUUUCCAUCACUGACCCUGCAGUACAAGCAGCUUUCCAAGUGAGUGUUGGGAAUACAAAACAGGCUCCUACUGACAAAACCCAGAGCCAGGCUUCUGAUUCCUUUCCAAACAGGCAUCAGGAGCUUUGGUUUGCAUGGGAAGGAGGGGAGGGCAUCCUUCUGCAAAAGCUGUAUCAUUGUGUGAACACAAUAAAGGUGUGCACAAGUGGAGGGCAUAGCACUGACCCAUGUAAAGAAUCCAA